AGCUACAGCUUAACGGCCUUCGUAAUUCGUCGUGUCCCCCAACUGUUAAAACUGAAAAUUUUCCAAGAAAUGAUCAGAUCUCGAAUUUUCAGUCCAGACUUCCAGCCGUUAAUUUUAGGGUUUCCCAUCCUAUAUCUCCGAGAUGACAAACAUCGAUCAGAUCAUCAACAACUCUUCCCGCCAUUAAUUCUAGGGUUUCCCUUCUAAAUCUGCGAGAUGCAAAACAUCCAUCAGAUCGUCAACAACUCUUCAAUUUACAAAACUCCGAUAUCCAAAAUCAAUGUCCAGAAUGGUCAAAGUGAUCGCCAAUGCCACGGGGUCUGGUACGACGCCGUUCUAGUGGUUCCCGCGGUGCUAUUCGUGGUGUACCUGGCGGUGAACGCUAAGAAGAACGUGGAGAAGCUGAGAAAUGGAAGGUCGUACGUUAUGAUUUCCUAUUAUGCCCUUCUCUGGCUUGCCAGUGGACUUAACCUUGCUUGGUGUUCUCUUCAGCAGUCAUGGCAAUGUGCUACUGGAAGGGAGGUUGCUUGGAAUCUUCUGUCACUAUUCACCGCCUCCUGUCUGUUAUGUUUAGAAAUCAGCUUGGUGGGUUUCUUACUGCAGGAGAGUUAUGCGAGUGGACUGGAAGCUUUAGCACGUACUUUCACUAUCUCAGGGAUCAUUAUUGGCAUUGAUGUGCUUCUCAAGGCAAUCUAUAUUUUUGGAUUUGGGGUCCCACUCUUCAUUGAUGAUGUCGGAAGCACUCAUAGGAUGAAGUGGGGGUUGUGGAUCAUCCACAAAUUAUUGCUUACUGCAGUUUAUGGUUUCAUCUUGCUUGUGCAUUUCUCAAAAUGGAGAGAGAAAUUGCCCCCCAGACCGGCAUUCUACAACUACGUAGCUAUCAUGUUUGUUGUCAAUGCUAUUGCAUUGUUUGCUUGUGGUCUUGCCGCUAUUGGAAUAGGCUUUGGCAUUUGGUUGUACAAUUUAACGGUUAUGUGCUAUCACUCGCUUUAUCUCCCUUUCCUGUAUACAACAUUCCUAGCUGAUUUUUUCCAGGAGGAAGAUUUUCUUUUGGAUAAUGCAUAUUACUCUGAGAUGAGAGAUGCUGGGUUCUUUGAUGUAGAUUGGGAUUAGUGGAUUACCCUCUGCGAUUGAUUGUAACAAAACUUGCCAAGACCAUUGGUUGCAUACUUUGUAAAUAAAUUCAAAAUUAAAGGCAACAUAUUUUUAAAGUCCAGCUGUUCUCUAUAAAUUUUAAUCUUCUCCUCGUAUCCUCAACUUUGAUUUAUGUUCUUGCAAAAUGC